AUGAAUAAUUCAUUAUCCGCCAUGACAUCAUCAUCGUCAUCGUUGAAAUAUAUACUCAGUGAUAAUACUGAACAGAAUGGACCAACAACAUAUACAUCGUGUAUGAAAACAGGAGCAUCAAUAUCUGAUUCUACCGAUGAAACGAAUAAUAAAAACAGUAAAUUAACAGUGUCUUCAUCUGAUUUAAUUUCGACCAAUACCGAUUUAAUUGAAUUGGACAAAUUGCCUAUAGCAGAUUUAAACAAUAAUAACAAUCUAACGAUUACAACGCUUAAUCACAUUGAACAAAACAAACAAAUGGAUAAAGUACCACUCCAUUCAAAUCAAGAUGAAGAGAAAAGACUUUUAGAAAAAGCUGGAAGAAAAGGUGCACUUGACUUACCGCUGAAAGUUUUGAUACUAACAGUUCAUACAGCAUCAACCACAACGACAACAUUUUCAUCACCACUAACAUUGCGUCCAUCGUACACUGCAACACCUACGAAAAUCAGUCCUCUAAUUGACGAAAACGAGCAAAAUCUGAAACAACAGCGAUCUGUCUCGGAUCCAAACAAACCACCACUUGAUUCAUCCACAAUUAAACAACGACGACGUACGCAUGGUUCACCCCUCUCGCUCGACAAUCUAAUCCCAAUUAGACCUAAAGAAAUCACUUUACGUGUACCAUAUAGAGAAAUCGAUGAAACAUUAGAUAAAACUUUGAUAAAGCCGCACAAUUCAAUAGCGAUUAUUAAAGAAAACAGUUCAUAUCCAAUCGAUGACUGCACCUAUGAUGAUGACCCAAUAACACCACAAUAUUCUCCGAAACGAAAACAAGAAAUAUCCCAUUCUCAAAUACCUUAUCAACGAAGGUACACUGAAAUAUCUCGAGGGAAUGAUUACGGCGAAGACUAUGACGAUGAAGAACUACAACAACAGCAGUCCAACACAACCCGAAUAAAAUUAAGUUUACCUAAUGACAUUCGUGAUUUAACUUCCCAUCGUCAUUUCUUUUAUCCAAAUCAACAUUCAUAUUCACAUCAUUCGCACCCUCGAACUCGUUCUCGAAAACCUCGUCCCCCCUCUGCUUCAGGUGAAUUUACUUUACCGACUUAUCCUCCUAUAACAGUAACAAUCGAACCAAACAGUGAAACAACAUCGUUAUGUCGUGAUUCUUUAUCUGCUGGCGGCAGUUUGCCUCAUGUAUGUGACGAGAAUUGUGCUAUGCUAGGUGAAGAUGCCGGCUGUCCAUAUCAGUUAUCAACAGGAUUAGACUCUUUAAAAGGUGCUGCUGGUGGAUCGUAUUCAGGUUAUCUAACAAAAUAUUUUAUGGAUCUUUUGAAACCAUCGGAUAAUAAAUUGGCCAUGAAAUUGUUUGGAUCGAAGAAAGGUGUGUUAAAAGAACGAUUAAGACAGCAAAGAGCAGGCCAUUGUAUUAUUCAUCCAUGCAGCAAUUUUCGGCAUGCUCCAGUGCAAAUAGAUAGAGCAAUAUUACUCUGCAAAAUGAACCGUUCCGCAGCUCGAGAUGAUUCUUAA